AGAUUUGUUGCAAAGUUUGUCUCUUUGAUGUUUUUAUACCAAAAUACUUUUUCUUUACAAUUAGCCCCAUUAUCCUAUGGAUUCCGACAACCCAACUGACGACAUCGAAGAAAAUGACCAGUUUCUCGACGCCCUCGACGAUUUCCCGUUUUACGAUUGCGUCUUCGACGACCUACCCAAUGUUACAACGUCGGAACCAUCCACAGCUGGUCUCCGUCGAAGGAAGAUCUCCCGUCGAGGGAUCCCUGCCGGGGAAUCUGAGGAUGGGAUUGUAGAAUGUUCGACUGUUGAAGAUUUAUCAGAAACGAGGUUUAGAGAGGGAAGAUGUAGUUUUUAUGGUGAUUCGAAGGGAAAGGAGGAGAAUUUAGAGGUUAUUGGGUCGUCCCCUGAACGAGUAAACCCGUUCCGAGCUACAAAACAGGAAAACGACGAGGAAUCCACGAUAACCACGGCCAAAGACAAUGACCCAGCUGACAAAAUCGGUGAAUCUUCGGACUUGAGCUCCAGGGGUGAACCCAGUGAGUCACCAUUAUCUUCUUCAUCGAGUUUGCUUGUGUUUAUAGCUGGAUUGGUGAUAAAGGCUAUUGGGUUUCAAAUAAGUUUGGUAAUUAGUUCAAUUACCUUACCCAUUUGGGGAUCAUAUUUCUGCUGCCUGUUCAUUUUCAAUCCAUUUCAAGCAUUGAGACGUGUUAGGAAUUAUGUGAUUGCAAAACUGAGUAAUUUAUGGAAUGUAUUUUAUGGAUGUCCUUUGAUUUCCGAGGGAUUGCAAGAGCACAAAUGGAUAUGGAAGCAGGUGUUUCGAUUUGCGUGGGGGUUGUUCUGGGCUGGAUAUGUUUGCUGUGUGUUGUCUGGGCUACUGAUUUCAUCAUUUGUGAUUGGUGGGUUUUUCAUGAGGUAUUUGGUGGAGGAGCCACUACAGAUGAAGGAAAUGUUGAAUUUUGAUUAUACUAAGAACAGUCCAGUUGCAUUUGUGCCCAUUUCAUCUUGUGCUGGUGUUGAUUGUGAUACAAAUUGUAUGGAGAAGACCGAGGUUUGGAAUAAUGUUGGUUCACGGGUUAUUCCACCUGAUCACAUGUUGAAGGCUACUGUUUCUUUGACAUUGCCCGAGUCAGAGUACAACAGACGGCUGGGGAUUUUCCAGGUUAGGGUGGAUUUCCUGUCAUAUAAUGGUAAGAUCCUUGCCAGUUCAAGGCAUCCGUGCAUGUUGAAAUUCAAAAGUGAGCCCAUACGCCUUUUGCUAACCUUCCUCCACGUUGCUCCUCUACUUGCUGGCUACAUAUCAGAAUCCCAGACUCUGAAUCUCAAAAUCAGAGGUUUAAAUGAAAGAGAGGUGCCAACAGCUUGCUUGAGGGUAAUGAUUGAACAACGAGCAGAGUACAGACCUGGUGCAGGUAUUCCUGAGAUAUACGAUGCGUCCCUAAUCCUUGAGUCUGAACUUCCUUUAUUCAAGAGGAUUAUUUGGUAUUGGAAGAAAACUAUAUUUGUAUGGGUCAGCAUCACAACGUUUAUUAUGGAGUUGCUGGGUGCUUUAAUCUGUUGUAGACCUGUGCUCAUUCCAAGAACAAGGUCAGCAGGUGGAUCUGCAGAUUCUGCACAAACAAAAUGAGGCGCUGCAGAGUUGACAUUGCUAGAUGCAGGUAGGUUUUUACUUAAUAUGCUCUCUAACAAAAUAGAUUACCCUUGCGAUGAAACCUCACCUUUAGUCUGUCAUUUUUUAAUUUUUUAUACCCUGAUGUAUAUUGGUGGUAUACUUGUACUAGCUGAAACCAUACAACAAUGCAAGUUAAGAUUCACAAUACAUGUCUGUAUAAUUAUCUUUGUUACAGUCAUAAUACGAGGGGUUUAAUAUUAUUCUUACCUAGUUAGUAAAUGGUUUUGAACAUU